CGCUCGUUUCGCAUCUGCUCUCAUGGACAACAUCGAUCUCGCUGCCGGUGGCCUGUACAAGCGCAAGGGCGGCGGCGCUGUUGUCGUCGUCUCGCAUCCGCCUCCACCGCCCGCACGGGUCGUUGUGGUGUCGCAUCCGCCUCCGCCUCCGAGAGUCGUUGUGGUUUCGCACCCGCCGCCGCCCUCGAAUGUCGUCGUCGUUUCGCAUGCUCCUCCUCCUCCAGGAUUCGUUGUCAUCUCAAGCUCUCCUGGAUGCUCUGGUUGCAUCGGAAACUCGUCUCUGACUGUUGUCGGUCUGGCCGUUAUCGCUGGCUGCAUCAUCGGCGUGGCUGUCAUUGCCUACUGCGUCUACCGCUCCUGCACCCGAAAGCGCGGCUUCCAAAAGCUGUGAUCAGCCCACAGACGAACCCAUUUUCCUGUUCAUUGUAUUUUUUUUUGCGUUCCUGCGAAGGGCCAGACCUUUCGGACGACUCACCAUCCGCACAAAUCUCGUCCACCCGCCUUGGUGUGGACCGGUAACCCACGAAUAGCAGAGUAAGCAAGCGCCAUCAAGUCCGCAAGGGGGGAUACCAGGGCACCUGAGCGAAUAAACGACGCAGCUGCACUGGUUUGUAGGUCUUGAUUGU